AUGUCUGUAUCGCUUGAUUUUGUACUGUGCUUCCGCCUUUUCAGUGAUAAGCUCAUGGUAGAACUUGAAUGUCUGGCUGCUACCGGGCCCACUGGUGCUAAUCCUGGUUUCAGUAAGGGUGGCGGCGGCGACAGCAGCAGCAGUUCAUGGGGCGCUUCAAACGAGGCUGACUUCUCACGUAUUUUCCUUGGCGGAUUGCAACCAACGUUGCUGGAACUAGAUGCACAAGAACGAUGGGGCCAGGUGAUUCGAACUACGGAUGUUGGCAUCGGUGGCUCCGUUGUGCUUCGCUCUUUCACUUCCGGCCUCUGUGCCGGUACCACUAAUGGAAAAGUCAUUGUACUUGACCCACGCACGCACCGUGGGAUCGUGCGAGAGCUCGCUGCACACACUGGUGAGAUAUCUGACAUCACUGUAGCCCCUUAUGGCUAUUCUCUAGUGACCUGUGGUUGGUCGCGUUUGGGCGAUUCCGGAUUGCGAGUCGAUCGCUUGUUAAAAGUGUACGAUUUGCGGUCUGGACGAGCGCAGGCCCCACUUUCCACCUCUCUGGAUCCGUGUUUUGCCCGAUUCUUCUCCAACUCAACUAAUCGCCUCUUAACCGCUUCUCAAGGCGGUAGCUUUCAGACCAUCGAAUGCAGCAAUCGCGCGUUCUCUCCCGAUGACCUGGGUCAGCUUUGGCCCACAUACGACCGUUUGGUGGCAUUGGACAUCUCUCACAACGGAAAUGGUGUCAUCUUCGGUACGGAGACUGGACAUUUGCAACUAUACCUGCGAGACAUGAACGUGUACCAUUUUAACGCUGCCUCAUUACCAACUGAGUUCGCUUCGCCUCUGGCCGAAAGCCUAUGGCCCACAAACAGCCUCGGGGCUAGCGUUCCCCCAUCCUACCCUCUGAUGUUGAUGGAAAACCCGGCCAACAGUCUGUACGGAACCAAUAUGAUGACCCUGGCCAAAGCGGCUGCGGACGCGGCCGAGCUACAGUUGUUGGCCGCUUCACUCCAUCAGCCGGCAGCUACUGCUUCAGAUAACAUGCAUAACUCAGAGUCAUUCGAGCUAGUGGAACGUCGCAAAGCCGAAGCAGCCAACGAAGCGGUUAUGGUGACUUACAAACCAGUGGAGUAUGAAGAUUACCGCUUUUCCUCAGCCAGCAUACCGUUUUGCGCGAAUCCGCCUCCGAUCUUGACCAAAGAAACGAGUAAUUCAACUGAUUCAAAUGUGCAUUCACGAAACCAUCGGACCGAGCAGAUGUGCACCUCAGACUGGCCCGAAGAUCUUUGCCAACCUAGACCCCGGCCAAUGAUCCCUGUGGAUCCCGAACUCAUUGUGGGCGCCAAUCGCAAACGCGCGGUUCGAAAGCCACUGCAUUGGGGGUCAGUUUGGCACCCGUAUGUGGAUGACCCAACGGCUAAUACACCGGAAGAUACCACUCUGGGACGAUUUGUGUCUGUCACACCUGUGGGUAUGGCCUCUGCGAGUUGAACCUGGCGGACUCGGACUGCCUUUUCCUUCCUAACUAUUGGUUCCCCCCCCCCCGUUGUAGAUAUCCUCCGGAUAGCAUGUGAUCAGAUCGAUUGUCUUCUAGUUUUUAUUCUUCGUAUUCUAUGUGAGCGGAAACAAUGUAUUUGCAUGUGAUUUUUCCGUUUGUUGUUUUCUGUGUGUCCAUUAAACGCUUCUAUCAA